AGUUUUGUAAAUCACAUGUUCGUCAACGCGGAAACGCUGUGAGUGUAGCAGGAGCAUGGGCGUGCAGGGGGAGACAGCUCAUCUGCGAUAAAUAAUGACAACAAUUAAAAACUAAAGGCUAAAAGAUGUUUUAAAGCGCAUUGCGGAGGGUGAUGGCCUCGGACGGCACUGACGGGCUCCCGUGUGCCUGUAAAGGAAUCCGCUCCUGUCUGCUGUGUGAGAAGCUGAAGGGCAGAAAACAGAGUGAAGCCGAGGUUGUGCACCAUUUCCUCUAUGAUCCUGUGUUGAGACUAGCCGUGCGCAAAGCUGGUGAGCCCGCAUCCUUCCCCUUUCCUGGUGUCUUUCUGUGGGAAAACUUCAUAUCUGAAGAGGAGGAGAGGGAGCUGAUAAGCAAGAUGGACCAGGAUGCGUGGAUCCAGUCCCAGUCUGGUCGAAGGAAACAGGACUUUGGCCCAAAGGUGAACUUCAAGAAGCGGAAAGUGCGUUUAGGGGGCUUCACUGGGCUCCCCGGACUGAGCCGAGACCUUGUGCACCGUAUGCAGAAAGAGCCAGCUCUCUCUGGGUUCCAGCCGGUGGAGCAGUGUAACCUGGAUUAUCAUCCCCAGCGAGGCUCUGCCAUUGAUCCACAUCUAGAUGAUUCCUGGCUUUGGGGGGAGCGUCUGGUCACCAUCAAUAUGUUAUCAGACACCACACUCGCUAUGUCCCUUGACCAGGGUCUACCAGAGCUGGGACUACCAGGGGAAGUCCAAGUGGCUGUGCGUCUUCCUCGCAGGUCAUUAGUAGUUUUAUUCGGCGAGGCACGGCACAGAUGGAAACAUGCCAUCCACAGGAAAGACAUUCAUGGACGCAGAGUUUGCAGCACCUACAGAGAGCUCUCUGCAGAGUUCCUGCCUGGAGGACAACAGGCAGAGCUGGGAGCUCAGCUGUUAAACAUAGCUCUGAGUUUCCAGGGGACUCCAGUAUAGGCUGAUGAAAUACAUAUUGAUGCAGUGCAAGGCUGUAGGAGUUUAGUUGAGACGUCUUCACUUACAUCUUAGACUUGCCUUGGUCUCGGCUGCUAUUGGAUUUUGACUUUUCGCCACCUGGUUACAUUUGGAAAGACAUGUCAUCGGUUUGUCUUGAACUGGACUCUCUUUGCUCUUUCUAAGGAAUAAAGAGACAAACCCAACAAUGAAAUUAACAAGUCCUAUCAGUGCAAUGAAAUGAGUUCUGCCAAGUGUUUUGGUCAAUUAAAGUCUGCAGUUAAACAUA